AUGAAACCCCAAGCGCAAGGUUACAAACCCUCCCAUCCCGGUGUCGUCGAGGUCAAGUUCGGCGACGGCGAACUUGAUUCGGGAUUGAUCGCGAAGAAGGACUUCGCGGCAGGCGCCAUUAUCGCAUCCGUGUCGGGCACGACCAAAGGCCCUAAAGCAUACACGUCGGUCCAGUGCGGUCCGGGAGAGAACGAUCACAUCGAACUAAACUCUGACCUGGUGUAUGUGAACCACUCUUGCGAUCCAAAUACCGCGUUCGACCUCUCCUCACCCGACAGAAGCCAGUGGAACUUGCGCGCGCUUAAGAGCAUCAAGGAAGGAGAGCAGUUGACGUUCUUCUACCCAAGCACGGAAUGGGCGAUGGACCAACCAUUCGACUGCAGAUGCGGAGCUUCGAACUGCCUUGGAAAAAUCAGUGGCGCGCACGUCCUGAGCAGGGAAGCGCUGCUUUCACGAGGAUAUGUGAGCCCGUGGAUCUUGGACGCCGUCACGCAACGCGAUCGGGCAUGA